AUGCCGAAAUACAAAAGCAAGUCAAAAGUGAAGCGUGGCCAAGCUCUUCAAAACUAUUGGCAAUUGAGAAAUCAGCGGAAAUUCCAUUCAGAAAAUCUGGGCAAAGAUCCGUCAACUGAAUCUAAUGCAUUACAUUCAUCUACGACUAUUGCAAAAACUCACGUUCCGUUCGGUGUUGCAGUUGAUGAGGAGAUUCCGUUGCCAGAUAUUACGGUGAUCCGAAAAAAAAAUACAGAAUCAGUCGCUGGUGCAUCGACGUGUAAAGAAAAGUAUAUUGUCUCCGGUGAUCUGGACAUAAAUACAGCUGUGGUUGCCGGUGCAGUUUCUGUUGGUAUUGGCUACUCACAAUUAGAUGAAUUACUAUCAGCAAUCGAUUUACCUAUGAUGACUGAGCCUCUGUACCAAAAACAGCAUGAGUUUGUUUCUAACGCCUGGGAAAAAGCACUUGGUCAAUCCAUGCAAGAAGCCGCAGAAGAAGAAAAAAGGAUUGCUUUAGAAAAAGGUCGUGUAACCACUGGUGGCAUACCUAUUAUAGAUGUUAUUGCUGAUGGAUGCUGGAAAUGUUUUCACAGCAUUGUGGCCAAGUUAGUUGGGGGUAAAAGAGUAAAUUACUCUCUGCGAAGCGGCUAUCAAGCUAGAUGUUCAGCUUCUGCGGUUACGUUCAAUACUAAAAGAAAACCUACUACAAUAUUGUACAAAACGAUUGUUGGCAAAAGCCCUAAAGGCCGAAUGAGCACUUUCGAUAAUAAGUAUCGGAAACUCAGAGGCUUGAAGAAACGCGCCAAUUAUAAAAAGCCGCAGAAGACGUGUGACGCUAUAACUCAAAAUAAAGAUUAUGGUGAACAAAGCUCUAAACCGGAUAUGGGUGAAGAUGUUCUUAAUUUAAUGAAGGAAACUUUUUUAUCCAAUUUAAAAAAAGUAAAGAAGAAAGAACAUGGAUUGAGCGGCAGACCAUUUUGCAAAGCGAGUCUAGCGAAUGGCUUGAACUUAGACGUUCUUUGUUGA